CGCAUCCCGCUCCCGCCGGGUCCCGGCAGCGACUUUCCCAGCGUCCCGAUCCCGGCGGAUUCCGUACCCAGCGGGCCCCAGGCAUGGCGGGCCGCGGGAAGCUGAUCGCGGUGAUGGGCGACGAGGACACGGUGACCGGGUUUCUGCUCGGCGGCAUCGGGGAGCUGGACAAGCACCGGCGGCCCAACUUCCUGGUGGUGGAGAAGGAAACGAGCCUGGCCGAGAUCGAGGAGACGUUCCGGGGUUUCCUGGCGCGGGAGGACGUGGGCAUGAUCCUGAUCUCGCAGGCCCUGGCGGAGCAGAUCCGGCCGGCGGUCGCAGCCCAUGCCCGGGCGCUCCCCGCGGUGCUCGAGAUCCCCUCCAAGGACCACCCCUACGACCCGGCCCGGGACUCUGUGCUGCGCCGCGCCCGGGGGCUCUUCGCACCCGAUGAGCUGCGAUAGAGCCUCCCAGGACCC